AUGAGUAACUUCACUCCCAUAUUUUUGCCAGCUGGCGCAGGGGGAGGAUGCGUCCAUAAUGGACCAUUCAAGGACUAUACAGUCAACCUGGGCCCGGCCUCUCUGGAGCUAUGCGGUGAAAACGUGAGCAAAGUAGCUCACCCGAUGGACUACAACCCACGCUGUUUCAAACGCGACCUGACCACAGAGAUCCUGCAGCGGUACGCCAACUACACAUCCAUCGUAUCACUGAUCGUAAAUAACAACCACAUCCGGGACUUCGAAAUGACCAUGCAAGGCGUGCCGGGCAGUGGGACUAUCGGCGUCCAUGGCGGCGGCCACUAUGCGAUGGGCGGGGAUCCUGGCCGCGACGUCUUCACGAGUCCUGGUGACCCUGCCUUCUGGCUUCAUCACGGCAUGAUCGACCGCGUGUGGUGGAUCUGA